AAAAAAUCCAAAUACUCUCCCCGCGAAGACACCGCCAAAUAAGCAUCCUGGUCCCUUAACGCCAUGAAGGGAAAGGCAGGCGGACAUUUCACAGUUUUAUAUAAUCAAAGCUAAUUUCAGUAUGCUGAAAAGGAAACAGAGUUCUAGGGUAGAAGCCCAGCCUGUAACAGAUUUUGGUCCUGAUGAAUCCUUAUCAGACAACGCGGAUAUCCUGUGGAUUAACAAACCAUGGGUGCACUCUUUACUGCGCAUCUGUGCCAUUAUCAGUGUCAUUUCCGUGUGCAUGAAUACCCCAAAGACCUUUGAGCAUUAUCCUCCUCUUCAGUAUGUGACAUUUGCUCUUGAUACGUUACUGAUGUUUCUCUACACGGCAGAGAUGAUAGCAAAAAUGCACAUCCGUGGCAUAGUCAAGAUGGAGUUGGGAAAAGGUUGGAGGUUAACCACACCACAGCCAUUUCAGAUGUUCAAGGGGGAUAGCUCCUAUGUGAAGGACCGCUGGUGUGUGUUUGAUGGAUUCAUGGUUUUUUGUCUGUGGGUGUCCUUAGUUUUACAGGUUUUUGAAAUCGCUGAGAUAGUUGAUCAGAUGUCUCCUUGGGGCAUGUUGAGGAUCCCACGACCACUUAUUAUGAUUCGAGCAUUCCGAAUUUAUUUCCGCUUUGAAUUACCAAGAACCAGGAUAACCAACAUUUUAAAGCGCUCAGGUGAACAAAUUUGGAGUGUUUCCAUUUUCCUUCUGUUCUUUCUGCUUCUAUAUGGAAUUUUGGGGGUCCAGAUGUUUGGACCUUUCACGUAUCAUUGCGUAACAAACGAUACAAAGCCAGGAAACAUAACCUGGAAUAAUUUGGCAAUCCCAGACACACAUUGUUCAAAAGCAUCAGAAGAAGGCUACCAGUGUCCACCAGGAUUUGAGUGUUUGGACCUUGAAGAACUGGGGUUAAGCAGACAGGAGCUGGGCUACAGUGGUUUUAACGAGAUAGGAACAAGCAUAUUCACUGUUUAUGAAGCUGCUUCUCAAGAAGGCUGGGUCUUCCUGAUGUACCGAGCAAUUGACAGCUUUCCCCGAUGGCGCUCGUAUUUCUAUUUCAUCACCUUAAUUUUCUUCCUUGCCUGGCUUGUUAAGAAUGUAUUUAUUGCUGUCAUCAUUGAAACAUUUGCUGAAAUCCGUGUGCAGUUUCAACAGAUGUGGGGGUCCAGAAGCAGUACAACUUCAACAGCAACUACCCAGAUGUUUCAUGAAGAUGCUACAGGAGGAUGGCAGCUGGUGGAUGUUGAUGUGAAUAAGCCUCAGGGCAGAGCUCCAGCAUGUCUGCAGAGAAUGAUGAGGUCCUCAGUUUUCCAUAUGUUUAUCCUGAGCAUGGUGGCAGUGGAUGUCAUUGUUGCUGCUAGCAAUUAUUAUAAGGGAGAAACUUUCAAGAGCCAAUAUGAUGAAUUCUACCUUGCAGAGGUGGCUUUUACGGUCCUCUUUGAUCUGGAAGCUCUCCUGAAGAUCUGGUGCCUGGGAUUUACCGGAUACAUCAGUUCAUCUCUUCAUAAAUUUGAACUGCUGCUGGUCAUUGGAACUACUCUCCACAUUUAUCCGGUCCUCUACCAUUCACAGUUUACAUACUUUCAGGUACUUAGAGUUGUUCGGCUUAUAAAGAUUUCUCCUGCCCUGGAAGAUUUUGUAUACAAGAUUUUUGGACCCGGAAAAAAGCUUGGGAGUUUAGUUGUAUUUACUGCCAGUCUAUUAAUUGUAAUGUCAGCCAUUAGUUUGCAAAUGUUUUGUUUUGUGGAAGAACUAGACAGGUUUACCACAUUUCCAAGGGCUUUCAUGUCAAUGUUUCAAAUCUUGACCCAGGAAGGAUGGGUAGAUGUCAUGGACCAGACUCUUAAUGCUGUGGGUCAUAUGUGGGCACCUGUUGUUGCUAUUUACUUCAUAUUAUAUCAUCUUUUUGCUACCCUGAUUCUGCUGAGCUUGUUUGUUGCUGUAAUUCUAGACAACUUGGAACUUGAUGAAGAUCUAAAGAAACUUAAACAA